AUGGACCCGUUACAUGACAAAGUUUUGGCCAACAAUGAAACCAUACCUAAAGAGAUUGGUGUCCGCGAGCUCCGCGAUGCGAUCCCCGGUCAUUGCUUUCGCCCAUCCUACAUUGUCUCAUUAUGCUACUUGCUGAGAGAUAUCCUCGGUGUUGUGACGCUGGCAAUAUUGGCAGCAUUUAUACUUCCUCAAAUUACAAGCCCUUACUUCUACACGUUAUCAUGGUGUCUUUAUGGCUUCACCCAAGGCCUUUUCGGCACAGGUUUGUGGGUAUUAGCUCAUGAAUGUGGUCAUGGCGGGUUCUCCCAAAGCCAAUGGCUCAACGAUGCGAUCGGAUGGUCUCUCCAUUCAAUGUUACUAACGCCAUAUUUUGCUUGGAAAUCGACACAUCGCCGACAUCAUUUACACGCAAAUCACAUGGAAAGGGAUCAUCAUUAUGUCCCAUACCGUCGCGAUGCAUAUGCUGCCAAGUUGAACGUCGAGCAGAGUAAAUUAGAGGACUUGGCAGCUGAUACUCCCGUGGUCACUACAAUCCGGAUAAUUAUCCAACAGACCUUUGGGUGGCCUUGGUAUCUUCUCUUCAACUUGACCUCAGGCCCAGAGAGCACACACCCAAAGAGCCCUGGGCGAUGGUGGCAAAAUAGCCAUUUCGACCCCACCAGUUCAUUGUUUAGCCCCGGUGAUUACAUGUCUGUGAUUAUCUCAGAUAUUGGAAUAGGUUUGACUAUCAGCGGACUAUGGUAUUUAGGUAAUUUGUUCGGAUCAAAAUCCAUCAUCUUGUUCUAUGUCGUUCCUUGGCUGUGGGUGAACCAUUGGAUAGUUGCAAUCACAUAUCUUCACCACACUCAUCCAUCAUUGUCGAGAUAUGAGCAAGAUUCAUGGAGUUUCCUGAAGGGUGCACUUGCCACGGUUGACCGCGACUUUGGUUGGGUGGGCAGAUUCUUUUUCCAUAAUAUUAUUGAUUUCCACGUUAUUCACCACUUAUUUUCACAAAUACCCUUUUAUCAUGCAGAAGAAGCUACCCGGGCCAUUGUUCCUAUUUUGGGCUCUCGCUAUUACCAAGAUAAAGCCUCCUCGUUUGUAGGAGGGCUUUGGCAGGCGUUCACUGAAUGUCAAUGGGUUGAGCCUGGACAAGGUAAUUCCACAGGAAAUGGAGAGUUACGGUUUCAGAAAGGACCUUCCCCAGCCCCAGAGUACAAGAUGCGCCAUUGGAAAGAUAUCGCAUCAACAGAGUGCAAGGCUUGGAUGUGA